AUGGAAAACGCGAGCGAAAACGCGGCGAAGCGCUUCCCGAGGCGCUGGCCGGUGGAAGUCGAUCGGGUGAGCGUGGGGUCUGUUGUGGCACAGGGCGGCGUCGCAGUCAGAGACACCAUGGAGACGACAGCUUUCGGGUCGAACAGCACCGCCGACGACUCGGGCGAGCGCGGAGGCCUCGCAAAUCCGAGACCCGCGGUGUUGGCGCUUCCUCUUGCGCUCGGGACGUAUCAACUGACCCACUUCGCCAUGAAACGCUGGUUAGAGCCGUUGGGAUGGAAAGUCAUGAGUCCUCUCAUCCCACCCGAGCAAAAGCGCGACUGUGCGGCCAAGUUCGCCGAACGGGCAUGGGAACUGAUCGUGUACGUGAUUCUUUUCGUCUGGGACGCGGUGGUUCUCUGGGACAAGCCGUGGAUGUGGGACGUCACCCUCACCUGGGACGGAUUCCCUCAUCAUCCCGUGGAACGCGACGUCUGGUGGCUCUACAUGGCGCACGUCGUCGCGAGCGUUUGGUUUCUGGUCGCUGUGCUCGUCCACACCGGGAAGAGGAAAUGGCCCUUGUUCUUCCAUCACUGCAUCGUCUUGGUCGCCGUCUAUAUCGGCUGGUUCGCGAACGGCUGUCGGUUCGCGUGUCUCAUGUUCGCACUGUACGAGGUCUCCGACGUUUUCCUCGUUGCGGCUCUCUCGUUUCACGAACUGGGACGGAAAUUCUGCAGGAACAUCAUAUUCGCUCUCACGUUGACUGUCUUCGUUCCCAGCAGAGUUCUUGUCAUACCGAUCAUAACAGUUCGUGGUCUCUUGAGUGUGAAAGUCAUCACGGGAGUCAUGUAUGCAAUUUCGUUCUUUCUCUUUGUAUUGACUGGAUUAAGCAUCUAUUGGGCUAGAGGCAUGUAUUCCGUACUCAAGAGAUCCAAAUUGCCCAGCUUGCCAUGCUUCACCGACUUGCUAAAUUUCAUCCUUCAACCUAUGGAGCCUAAGCUACGAAAACAACUAAAGAUUCUCUUGAAACGAACAUGAUUUUAUUCUUUGUUUUUGUUUUUUUUUUAAGCUUGUGUAUGUAUCUCAAUAUUUUUUUAUUACUAUUUUGCACUGAUUUUUUUAAAUAUUCAAGUUUGAAAUUUUAUACACUAUGAAUCUGUAUGCAUGGCAUGCACAAUGUUCAGGAAUGCAUGUAUGAUGAUCACGUGAUGAAGGGACGUUUCCAGGAAAUGAAUUUCUGAAUCCACCCGAGGGACGUCAUGGAUGCAAUCACCGUGACUGACCCUUUCCACGAGAAAAUGGUGUGCAAUCCGAGUUGAAGUUGACCCCCUGGUAAUUUUCUUUUCAAACGCAACAUCUUAAAAAAAAGCAAUUUCAUGCCCUUCCGGGACGGAGAGUGGACGAUGCGAACCAAGUGAGUCAGCAACGGUCAAGCUCAAUUGUUUUCGCAACUUGCAAUCUCCAAUUAGCAAGCAAAAAAUUGGGGUCCCACACGUGCCCAGGACGUGACGCGUCCAUGGAAUAUUUGUUGCCUUAAGAAUGGCUUACUUCUUGUUAAUGCUCAGCUUCGGCUCCCAUUCCGAGUCCGUUAUCGUUUCUAGGAUCAUUCUAAUAUGCUGUUCGCUGAACGUCGCGUUCCUUAUCCCUGCAAUAAUCGAAUUUCAUGCUGUGUACAUAUCUGAGAGUCAAUCGGACGUGUAUGAUACUUUAUUUUUAAGAUCCUCGGUAAACACAACCCCAAGUGCUGGUAUGAUUUUAUGGCUUUAUGAGUCUACAGCUACCGAUU